CCAGCGCGCGAUCAGAGCUCUGGUACCUUCCACAUCAACUCAUUCGCAAACUGAGUUACGCGAGAUCUCUAAGGGACUUUCGAGCACUUUAAGGAUAUUCUUGAGAAAAAAUGGAUCCUUGCGAUUGCGCCAAGACUGGAACUUGCAAUUGUGGUGCCACCUGCAAGUGCACCAAUUGCCAGUGUAAAACCUGCAAGAAGAGUUGCUGUUCCUGUUGCCCGUCUGGUUGCAGCAAGUGCGCCUCUGGUUGCGUGUGUAAGGGCAAUUCCUGCGGAUCCAGCUGCUGUCAAUGAGGAGGUCAACGUGGUGUUUUGUUACAACAAUGUGAACUUGUUCGUCUGUGCUGCGCGUCUUCGCUUUUCCAUCGCAUGAAUGUUUUAUUUUUACAUUAUGAUAAUAAACGACCUACCUGUUGUUCUCAAA